UAUGACAUUGUUCUUAUAUCUGUCUCUCUUGCAGUAUGUACCGGAACAGAAAACAAACUGAGCUCCCUCUCGGACUUGGAUCAGCAGUACAAGGCCCUGCGCAAGUACUAUGAGAAUUGUGAAGUGGUCAUGGGAAACCUAGAGAUCACCAGCAUUGAACAUGGGCGGAACCUCAGUUUUUUAAGGUCCAUCCGUGAGGUGACAGGAUAUGUCCUUGUAGCUCUUAACCAGUUUGAAUAUCUUCCACUUGAGAACCUACGAAUUAUUCGUGGAACCAAGCUGUAUGAGGACCGUUAUGCACUGUUCAUCUUCCUGAACUAUUUGAAGGAUGGAAAACAUGGACUGCGUGAGCUCGGACUGAGAAAUCUGACGGAGAUCCUGAAUGGUGGAGUGUACCUGGACCGCAAUGACUUCCUUUGUUAUGCAGAUACCAUAAAUUGGCAGGAUAUUGUUCGCAAUCCCAAUGCUACAGUGUUCCCGAUGAGCAGAAAUCCAAAUUGUGGGAAAUGUCCAAAAGCAUGUCCUGACCACUGUUGGGGGCCAAAAGAAAAUCAGUGCCAAAGAUUGACGAAGAUUGUGUGCGCUGAACAGUGUGAUGGCCGCUGCUAUGGACCUUACGUUAGUAAUUGCUGUCACCGGGAAUGUGCUGGAGGCUGCUCUGGACCUAAAGACACUGACUGUUUUGCCUGUCUGAAAUUUAAUGACAGUGGAUCUUGUGUCACCCAGUGUCCACAGCCCAAUAUAUAUAAUCCAACUGCCUUUCAACUGGAGCAAAAUCCUAAGGCUAAGUACACCUAUGGAGCUUUCUGUGUCAACAAAUGCCCACAUAACUUUGUUGUGGAUGACAGUUCAUGUGUGAGGGCAUGUCCAAGUAACAAGAUGGAAGUGGAAGAAAAUGGAAUCAAAAUGUGUAAGCCUUGUGCUGGAAUCUGUCCGAAAGUGUGUGAUGGAAUCGGGACAGUGUCCCUAAAAUCAUCUCAGACUGUGGAUUCCAGCAAUAUUGACAAGUUUAUAAACUGCACUAAGAUUAAUGGAAAUCUCCUUUUCCUGGUGACUGGCAUUGAAGGGGAUGCAUAUCACAACAUAGCUGCACUGGAUCCGGAGAAAUUAAAUAUCUUCCGCACUGUUAGAGAGAUCACAGGUUAUCUUAACAUACAGUCCUGGCCAAAGAAUAUGACAGAUCUCAGUGUCUUUUCCAAUUUGGUGAGCAUCGGAGGUCGGGAUUUAUACAGUGGAAUCUCACUGCUUAUUCUCAAGCAGCAAAGUCUUACUUCUCUGAAGCUCCAGUCGCUCAAAGAGAUCAGUGCGGGUAAUGUCUAUAUCACUGAUAACCAUAACCUCUGCUACUACAAUACCAUCAACUGGACUUCAUUGUUCAGGACAACCAGCCAGAAAACCACCAUACGGGACAACAAAAAGGCUGAAAACUGCACUGCUGAAGGAAUGGUGUGUCAUCCUCUUUGUUCUGCUGCUGGUUGUUGGGGACCAGGGUCUGAUCAGUGCCUGUCCUGCAAAUACUUCAGUCGAGACAAAUCAUGUGUCAGAUCCUGCAACCUUCGCUCUGGAGAGCCCCGGGAGUUUUCCAAUGGUUCUGUCUGCCUUAACUGUGAUAGCCAGUGUGAGAAGAUGGAAGGAGGUGCACCUACCUGUUAUGGACCGGGUCCUGAGCACUGUGCAAAAUGCUCCAAUUUUAAAGAUGGCCCCAACUGCGUGGAAAAGUGUCCUGAAGGUCUCCAGGGAGCACACAGCUUCAUCUUUAAAUAUGCUGAUGAGGACAGAGAGUGCCGUCCAUGCCACCCAAACUGCACUGAUGG